AAUCCGUAGUGAUGCUUUUUCGAGAUACGAUGUUCCUAUUUGCAAGCGUCGAUAUGGUUUCAAUGAGCUAAUGUCCAAACACAUCAAAAAUGGCUUGGCAACACCGCUCCAACAGCACUAACUGUCAAUGUCAAAGAAAACCUGAAACAUAACCUAAGAAAAAACGCCAUCAGAAGUCAAAACAAACUAAGACAUGUCUGUCCUUUAUUUAUAUUAAAUACCGUCAAAGGCCCGUAUAAAAUCAAUGAUUCCUACUAAAAAUGUUAUGGAUCCCGCUACUCAUUUCGACCACUUGAGUCAAAAAAUUGGACAAAUACUUUAUGGCAGAUCUGACCGUAACCACAUAACUAAAUACCUGGACGACCUUCUCUUGCUAAACUAUCGUUUUCCUAUUAUAAGAUCACCAACUAAAGCAGUGCUAUUAAUAAACCAAUUCUGCAGUUCAGUUCACUCCGAUGAGGAAAUUUUAGUAGGCAAAUUUGCUCAACUGACUGCCAUUUUAAUUAAGACACAAAAUGUAGUGGUCGAGGGAAGAACGUUAAUAUUAGCUGUCCAGUGGUGUCUACAGGCUCUUAAGUGUUCCGAAGUGAAAAUUGUCCUAGAUGUUUUAAACGCCUUAGAAGCCUUAUUAAGGAACAACUGCCAUAAUCUACUCACUUUAUCAGAUACAAUAUUUAAAGGUUUGGCAGCCUUGACAGUAUCAGAAAAUGCUGAGAUCACAUUGGCAUCACUUCAAUGCCUAGAAGCAUCAACAGCUGCACCAAGUAAUAGUGAGCCCUUGGACAGUCUAAUGCCAUUUUUUGACAAAUGCAUUAAAGUCUUUUUCACACAUUUAUGUGUAAAGACUACUCCAAAAUACACAGUUUUAGAAGCAAAAAUUUUAGAAACAUGCCUCAUAGGACUUCAAAAUAUUGUAACAAUAACAGAAUGUUUUAAGGAUAAGUUAGGAACACUUCUGGGUAUAGUUAAGACUUAUAUGCUAUUUAACAUAAAGGGGGUGGACUUUUUAAGUUUUGAAAAGUUAAUGCCUACAACUUUAAGUAUCCCUGAAAUAACACCCUCAAUGCCCAAAGAGAAAACUGGAGGAAAAGUCACAAAGCAAAGAAAGCACAGAACAACCGGAACCAACAGGAAAAAAGAUAAGAAAUUGCAAGAAGAUCAAGUGUUUGAUAACAGGGCUGCCGGUUAUACCCCAGCGACUAAGGGUUUAGAUUACAAUUCGGAUAGUGGCUUAGGACAUAAGUCACCAUACAUCGCAAGAUUAAAAACGUCUGAUUCGGAUUUUUCUGACAACGAAGGGGGCAGACUGGCAAAAUUCUCACAUGCCUGCAACAGAGUAAGGCAAGCGGCUUUAAACCUGUUUUCCUGUAUUAUUAAGCACACAGAAAAGCCAGUAAUUUUUUCUUACUGGUCCAGUUUCGUCCCUGAAAGCUCUUCCUCAGGCAAACACAACUUACUAACCUGCAUCCAUAGAGAUCCAUCUAUAAGGGGCAAGAUGACAGCCUUAAAUGCCUUACUGAUGUUACUUACAAGUUCCAAAGCUUAUUUAUCUCAAGCUGAAUUAAAAGAUAAACCGUCAAGCUUCACCCCGUUUUCCGAGCUUCUCGCCCUAACACUGAUAGAAGUCCACAACAACUUGUGUUUGGCCUUAAACCAGACUUCCGCUCCGGUGUUGGCGCAAGUUUUAAAAUGUUUAGCUGCUUUAGUGCAAGCCACUCCUUACCACAAAAUACCCGCAGGUCUGAUAACUAAGAUCGUGCGGCAUAUUAAAACGUUAGUGUGUCACAGAGAUGCAACUGUUCAAGUUACCGCUCUGAUUGUGGCCGGUUGUAUUUUGGCCUAUGAGCCUCCGGUGCCGGAAAUCACGCAGGUGAUGACAAAAGUGCAAAAAGAGGAGGAAACUCCGAAGAAGAAAUUACAGAAUCAUGUUCCGGUGGAGGAGUUCGAUUAUGCACAGUUUUCAUCUGAUGAGGAGGAGACAGUUGUAAUGGAAAUCGACUCUAUUCCGUGGCUCUUGCAGAGGUGUCUUCGGAAUUUGGGGAUCAGUUUUGAAGAGUUGGAUAGUCAGGGCGUUGCAGUGAAACCAGUGCCGGCCCCAGUAAAACUGGAAUCUCUACAAGUUCUCUCGGCAAUGAGUAGAAACUACUUCGACUCGAUCAUGUUGCCCCACUUAAACUACAUCACUAAAGCCCUUAAUGUGUCAUUAAUGGACAAAUACGUCGACUUAAGGCUUCACGCUGGCAGAGCCGUGGACUUUGUAGGACAAUCUAUUAGUAAAACGUGUGAAAAAGAAGCUCCGACAACGUCAUGCAUUAACUUCUGGUUGGUGUUGUUGGAUAAUCCGUUGGUAGCAUUGAUCCAGAAUGAUCAACAAGCGGCCUUAAGGGCUGUUGGCUGUGAUUGUUUCGGAAGCAUUGGUGCCGAAAUUUUCCAACAGUUUCCCAGAGAGAAGCAAAUCCUAUGUGUAACGUUACUUUUUGCAGCCACAAAGGAUGAAGAAAGCACCGUGAGAGGUGCUGCUGUACGUGCCCUAGCUCUAUGCGUUCUCUAUCCAUCUUUAAGGGACGACCCAGGAUUCGUAGUAGACACUGCAGAAUCAGUUUUACAAGCAUUAAAAGAUGACAAUCUCAACGUUAGGAUCAAAGCCUCUUGGUCUUUAGGGAAUUUAAGUGACGCCCUAGUAUUAAAUAGCAAGAAAUUGUGUGACAACAACGAGGACAGUAUACCAGAUAAAGUGCUCCUUCGGUUGUUAGAAGCGAGUAUUUGUUGUGCGAAUGACAAUGAUAAAAUAAAAGUGAACAACGUUCGAGCUUGUGGCAAUUUACUGCAACUGGUGGACGAUAUCCUGCUGGAAAAAGAGUGUUUUAAGGACGCUUCUAGUCAAGCAAUGAAUUCUUUGAUACAGGCCAGCACUGUUGGGUUUAAUAUGAAGGUUAGAUGGAACGCCUGUUAUGCCUUGGCAAACGUGUUAAAAAACGAACAUUUAUAUUCAAAGCUGGACGCAUUCACGUGGCAACAAUCGGUGUUCACCAAACUCACAGAGCUGGUAGUCACUUUUAAGAAUUUUAAGGUUAGAAUAAAUGCCGCCUUGGCCCUUUCGGCACCUACGAAAAGAGAACAUUACGGCCAGUGUUUCGAAUCAGUUUGGACGGGCAUGCUACAAGCUUUGGAAAAUUCCCAUAACAUCGACGAUUUUACUGAGUAUAAACAUAGGGACCAUCUAGUUGAACAGAUAUGCCUUUGCCUCGGUCACUUGACUACGCUGAUAACGCGAGAAGACUUAUCGCAUCUGGAUGGCACGUUAAGUUUAUAUUUGGACACGUUUAAAAUGCACAUGCGCAAAGUGAUCGAAAGACUCGUGCCCGAAAAAUCGACGGAUCUAUUCGCCGCCUCUUGCACUUUGAGUAAGUUGGAAGCUGAUGUUCGUUUGGGUGUGAACGAAAGAACAGUUCUCGAUCGUCUGAAGAGUGUAUUUGCUUAUGAUUAAUGUUGAGUGAGUGCUUAUUUACUCAUUUAUUUUUUACUGACAAAUUUUUAUUUAAUAAAUGUUGUUUUUAUA